AAAUAAUCUUAUUAAGUCUUUCCUAAAAUCAUUUCAGUUUAUCUCCGACCGCUCUAUCUGAUUGAAGUGAAGUUCAGCUGAAACUUUCAGGACGAUUAAUCGAAAUAGAAAUUAGUGAAUUUUCAUAGAAUUUUUACGAAGCCAUUAGGAAUCAAAAAAAUAUAAUUCAAAAUGGUCCUUUACGAUUUCGAGUUUUACACCAAUCGCCCACCCUUCUACACUAGACCGAGAGCGUAUUUCUCGCCUUAUUCGCCAUAUAGCUUCUGGUAUGACAGCAAAUAUUUCAAUUCAUACAAAUAUUAUACUCCUUACCGUUCAACACCGGCUUACUCGAAGGUUGCCAGCUACUACACUCUCCCAUACAGAUAUCGCUUCGCUCCUUCUUAUAGCUAUAUUCCAUCUUAUUAUGGACCAAGCGAUUUUGAGCGAAAAUUACGAGAAACUUCUGUUGUUCCCACCGAAUCAGAAAAGUAUGUCUAUAAAUAUGGACUGAAUUUCGAUUCAACAGCCAAGGAAAUUCGUGAUUCUACAUCAAGAUUGUUACGUGAGAUUCACCAAAGUGUACCCCGUGCUACAAGCGUCCCACGCUUCACACCACGAGCAUCAAGCUUGGAACCAUUGCGUGAAUAUGACGAAGAACUUGACUCCCUUAGCAACUUAAGAUACCAAAGAGCUGUCAGUCAAGCAAGAUUGCUUAGAGAGGAACCAUACUACAGAACGCCAAGAGCAUUUUCCUUGGCGCGUGAUGUAUGGUACUAACUCUUUUUUUACAAAAAGGCUCGCAAUGGUGUGAAAAAUUCGUCUAACUAUUUGUGAAACGAUGAUCUACCGUACACUCUGUUGGUCAACGUGAAACAGAUGAAGUCAACAUCAGAAUAUGUAUAUAACCAUCCCAAAAGCGAAGCCAAUGCUAUCUGAAUUUAAUUAAAUUUUUUUUAAUUUUUAUUAAUUUAUUUUGUAAUUAUUCUUCAAAAUUUAAUUAUUAUACAUCUCCAUAUAUAAAANNNNAUAAUAUGAUAUAUAUGUGUAUAUAUAUAUAUAUAUAUAUUUUGCUUUCGAAUUUGACCGCAGUUUAUUUAAUUUUGUAUUUAUUGCCUAAACGAAAUAAAUAUUUUUAUUGCUUUCAGAAUUUUGAAAUGAAGACAUUUAUCAAUUCGUUUUCAAUCUCCUUCAAAUAAUUCUAUCAUUUACUGUCGCAAAAUGAUUAAAAAUAAAUUAGAUCCCUUCAGUCAUAUUGAGAAAUUAUUGGCAU